GAGCCCCGGACGUGGCGGGGCCGGGCCGGCAAGGGUGCGGGGCCUGGGUUGUUCUGCUUGGCCGCUGGGCAGACUGACCUUCUGCGCCGCCGUCCAGCCCCGACGGGUUCCGCACCUUCCCAGGAGAAUGGCUUCGGAGAUGGAGUCGUCGCUGGAGGCAAGCUUUUCGUCCAGCGGUGCGGUGUCUGGGGCUUCAGUGUUUCUGCCUCCGGCUCGCUCCCGCAUCUUCAAGAUAAUCGUGAUCGGCGACUCCAAUGUGGGCAAGACAUGCCUGACCUACCGCUUCUGCGCGGGCCGCUUCCCCGACCGCACCGAGGCUACCAUCGGGGUGGAUUUCCGAGAACGGGCGGUGGAGAUUGAUGGGGAGCGCAUCAAGAUCCAGUUAUGGGACACAGCAGGACAAGAACGCUUCAGAAAGAGCAUGGUACAGCACUACUACAGAAAUGUACAUGCUGUUGUCUUUGUGUAUGAUAUGACCAACAUGGCUAGUUUUCAUAGCCUGCCAUCUUGGAUAGAAGAAUGCAAGCAGCAUUUGCUAGCCAGUGAUAUACCACGGAUUCUUGUUGGAAAUAAAUGUGACUUGAGAAGUGCCAUUCAAGUGCCUACAGACUUGGCACAAAAAUUUGCUGACACACACAGUAUGCCUUUGUUUGAAACCUCUGCUAAGAACCCCAAUGAUAAUGAUCAUGUGGAAGCUAUAUUUAUGACCUUGGCUCAUAAACUGAAAAGCCACAAAUCAUUAAUGCUCAGUCAAUCCCCUGAUAAUGGAAUUACCCUGAAGCCUGAACCAAAGCCUGCAAUAACAUACUGGUGCUAAAUAACAGUCUUUAUGAUAUCAGUAAAGAAAUACUUUUGAAAUAUGACAGUGAUAAGUUGUAAGAUUUAAUCUCCAGUAUAAUGGAUCAUCCUGACACUUUGCUAUUUAUCAUUGUCAUGCUCACAUUUGUAUCUUUUUUUUAAGGUAUUAUUGAUAUAUACUCUUAUGAAGGUUUCACAUGAAAAAACAAUGUGGUUACUACAUUCACCCAUAUUAUUGAGUCCCCACCCCCCAUACCCCAUUGCAGUCACUGUCCAUCAGUGUAGUAAAAUGCCACAGAUCCACUAUUUGCCUUCUCCGUGCUACACUGUCUUUCCAGUGACCCCCCUACACCAUGUGUACUAAACAUAAUACCCCUCAAUCCCCUUCUCCCUCCCUCCCCACCCACCCUCUCCUCACCCCUCCCCUUUGGUAACCACUAGUCCUUUCUUGGAGUCUGUGAGUCUGCUGCUGUUAUGUUCCUUCAGUUUUGCUUUGUUGUUAUACUCCACAAAUCACAUUUGUAUCUUGUAUCUACUUAAGUUUGUCACUGUGACAACACAAGGAAUAAGUUGUUUUCAGGUGAGGUUGAAAAUGAAGCAGAA